AAACAGUCUCUCAGAUCAGAUUCGGUAUUUUAGUUAAUAAAGAAACUUUAAGCACGUCGGUCGAUUGGAUCAUCGUGUCGUCGUGUAUAUAUGAUUUUUUUUUCUUUCGUUUGUGUAUUUAUAAAUUUUCGUAUACGGCAAUCUCUUACAUAAAAACUUGAUUUUGUCAACGAAGAAAGCCUUUUGUGAACAUAAACGAAAACGUGAUGGAUACUUCAUUAUUGUGACGAAAUUAAAUCGAAAAAUAAAAUAAAAUUGUUUGGUUCGAAAUUAUAACCCAUAAGUGAUGAGAAAUGUUGAGGUUCUUGGCAAUAUUGAAAGUGAAAAGUUUAAAUAGUUGAGAGGUGGAUCACACACAAUACUGAUUGUUUGACCUGUGAUCUAAGAGCAAUUGAAAUUAUAAUACUGAAAUGGUUACACUGAUCAUUCUAUGUAGCUGAAAUGAAAUGUGUUUUAACAACGGAGCCUAGUGCUGCAUGACAAGCUUUAAUUUGGAUGAUAAUUUAUAUAUCCCGUCCGUCCUGGAAUUGAGGAUUUAUUUUUUGACGACGAAAAACUAAAAUUUAAGCCACAACGACACCCAUGAUGAAGGGUUGGUUCGACGCAUUUCGAGACGAUGGCGGUCCCACCUUAUAUUCAUUCUCGAAUAGAACUCCAGUGACCUUUGAUGUAUCUAUUGUGGCUGUUUCCCUAUUGUUUGCUACAUUGUACGUAGCGUUUUUAGUCAUAUUCCCAGGUGUAAGAAAACAGAAAUUUACAACUUUUAUUACAGUGUCAUUAAGCCUCUUUGUUGGACUAGUCAUAUUAGUAACGCGUUUAGGAUCUGGAUGGCAUGUCGCCUCAACCGAAAUAGUGUCUCCGUACAGAGCAUUUUCACGCGAAAAAGUUCCUGCUAAAAUUGGAGCAAACAUCGGUCUGAUGCACAUCAAUAUCACAUUAAACGCACUUUCGAUUGGAAAUUGGACAACUCCGGAUAUCGAUUUCAACGAAAGAUUCAGCUGGGAUGCUGCUCAUGAUAUGGGUCAUUCCUAUCGGCACGCUUUAAAACGAGGAUUACCGUAUCCGAUACUUACAGUCGCCGAAUAUUUCAGUUUGGGUCAGGAGGGAUUCGCUUGGGGAGGACAAUACCGAGCCGCUGGUUACUAUGCAAGCAUAUUGUUGUGGGCAUCUCUGGCAUCGUGGUUGCUUAUGAAUUUAUUAUUGAUUGCUGUCCCACGGUACGGCGCAUACACAAAAGUAUUAACUGGACUGUUGCUAGUGGCUACAAAUGGUGGAUAUUAUUUGUUAAUACCGAAGCGACCAUUAACAAUCAUCAUUGAGGGUGGCCACUUGGAAUUUCGAUUGGGUUGGUGUUUCUGGCUGGUGCUAGUCGCCGGUGUAUUAUGCUUAUUUGUAGGAUUAGUUAUAUCAGCCAUAGACCUUGUGUGGCCGCACACGUUUUCAACAAUUUUGGAAGUGUACUAUGACACUCCGUACGAUCGACACGUCAUACUCGAAGAAUCUCACGACGUGCGUUACCGAAAACGUAACAGUCGCGGAUUGGAAGAUCCGCCCGGACUGGGAUCGCGUAUUCUGCGCCGUUUAUCAUCGAAGACAAAGGACCAGAAUGUAUCGGGUGUGGACAAUCGCGGUUUCCAGAAAGACGCCGUUCCCAAUUCACCGUGGCGUUAUCCAUUCCGACGUGUCCAACAUCCGGUGCAUCCAUUACGAUUGACACGAACUGUUUCGCAGGAUUCAGCAUCGAGUAUUUCAUCAGCUGCCAUACCACCGACAAUGCACAAGAUUGCUUUGUCUAGGAUGUUACCUAAACCGCCCAUAGAUCGAGCAAGGGAAUCCAACAAAUGGUGAUAACUAUAUUAUGUACUACAGUAGCGUUAAUUUCCACUUUAAUUCUCUAUAAGAAAAAUAUACGAAGAAGAAGAAACGGAAACAAAAGAAAUUUAACGAGAGUGAUGAAAUAUGUGAUACGCAUGCGCAGUUCCUGUGCCUUAUUAAUUUGUACUUUUAAUUAACGAACCUUAACUUUAUUCUAAUUUUUUUUGUUUGUUUUUAUUCUUUAAUUUAGUCACUUAGUUACUUGGAUGAAGAUUCGAUUUUUUUUGUGUUUUUAAUUUAUUCUCCACAUUUUUGUUAAUUAUUUUCGAUUAUUUUGGAUGAUUUUUAUAGGAACGUGAAUGCUUUGACGCACAAAACUUUUGAUUUUGUUUGUUUGUUUCGUUUAAUUUAAGAAGUGAAAACUAUUAAGACACCACAUUUGUAUUACUAAAAUUAAAUAAUUUUUUUUUGUUUAGCUAGGAAUUUUUUUGUUUUGAGUGAACCGACUUUUGAAAAUGGUCGGAACGAUUUGUUGUAAUUGCAAGAGAUAAAUUAGAUGAAAGGAUGACGGAAAACAAUAAAAGAAAACCACAUGAGAUAUUCACAGCAAA